AUGAGUACUGGGCGUUCAUUAGCGACUAUUUCAAUUCGCUGCAAUCGAGUUACGCCAAGAUGUGACAGAUGUGAAGCCACAGGAGCUGAGUGUGCUUACCUGCCACGAAGACCACGAACUAAGAAACAAAGGACCAAAUUUUCUGAGAAGGGUGUUCUUCUAGAAGUUCUCGAGCGCCUAAGAUGCCUAGAAGAGCAUUGUGGCCUGGAUACUUUCGCGGGAAAUCAAGAUAAUGAGCUUGAUUCCAUGUCUAUAUCUUCUGUCGAAUCAGAGAACGCACAAAAUGCAACCCUGCCUGAAGCUCCGACCACAAUAGUCCCACCCGGGAUCCGUGAUAUCAUCGGUCGUAUCAAAGAUGAAGGCAGUCAAUCUAUGCUUCUCUCUAGUGUCUUCUGUCACCUGCAACAGAUUCAAUGGUGCUUUCUCGAAAAUGAACAAUGCUUUCAUGCCAUUACUUCCGCCAUGCCGGAAAUCAAGUUCAUGCAAGAUACACAGCCUACGGAGGCAUCAGAAGAGCCAUCCAUUCCUAAAGACUUGGCACAACAGCUCAUAGACUAUUACUACAGCUUCUGCCAUUUCGAAGGCUUCAAGAUGCCUCUCGAAAAAUCAUUUCUAACUUCAAUUCCUGAUCUGCUCGAGAUAUCCCAUGUUCGACUAGAUUGUACCUCCCAAAUCAUCUAUUACACCAUUCUUUUUCAAUGCAUCGUCACAAAACCGGAGGCACUCCCAAGAAGAGGCAACUUGAUCCAUGUUCUAUACCAGAAAUGCGCUUCUCUCGGCGAAGACUGGCUGAAAAAUAUCAAAGAUACCCCAGCCGACUUCUUCGCAGCAUUGACGCUGGUGUCAUUGUUCCUCGAAUUUUGCAAUGUCGAUUUAUCCUGGAAAGCUCUCGCCCAAGCGUGCAGGAUAUCCAAAGCUCUAGGAUUUUUCUCCGUGGAUGAGACACCUUCCGAGGGAGAUAACGAACAUUCCACAGAGCCGGAAUCUCUCCCACACCAGGCAGAAGUAGAGCGGAAUCGAAAACGGUUCCAAUUCUGGCACAUUUUGCGAACGGAUUGUCUUUUUCGCAUGUGUUACGGAAAACCAACCCUCAUCCCGGCAGGGUCGUGGAAAGUCAAUUUCCCCGACCCAACUAUCAACGGCGUCAACGAUGAAUCAUCCCGCUUCAUGCAGAUCCAUUUCAUCGCGUCUAUGCGACUGACGCUCAUUGUGAUGAAAUAUCUUGACUGGGUUGACGGAGGGAAAGAUCCUGAUCCCGUCUCUCAUGAUGCGACGAUUGACAGUUUUAUCGACGAAGUUCAGCUAAUAUUAUCGGAUUGGGAUGCGGAGGGCCUUCUUCAAAUGGCUACAAACCACGUCGAUGUAUGGUUCUGCGUCGACGUACUAUUCAGCACAUACAAGAUGCUUAUCGUCCUCUAUCAAUCGAAAAAGUGCAACCAGGGUCAUAUCCUACCAUCUCAAGCCGUGGAGAUAUCCAGAAAAUCUGUGAAAAUCUUCCAAUCUCUCCUUGCAUCCUCGGCGCAUGCGUUUUGGGGCAUCAGUCUCUUCUUGUUCCACCAGUUUGUCCCCUUUUUUAUCCUUUGUUUGGAUAUCAUUGGAAACCCUGACCACGCCAAUCUGGAGGAGGAUCUCGUCUCCAUAUGCUGGAUUAGCGAUUAUGCCGAGAUGGUCAUUGAGGAACGAGUCGAGCUCAAGCCGAUUUUGGUCAUCAUUAAAUCUAUGAGCACGGCUUGCCAGCAAACGAAAACAAUGAGACUAGCGCGAGCGGCUUAA